AACUUAAAUAAAGAAGAGGAACAGUUAUUCUGGUUAUUCUUGGAGUGAGUAUUACAACUAUGUAUGGUGUACUAUUCGAAGUUUUGCGACGUUAUGUUGAAAGCACAUUCGGUGAAACAGUAUGGUCAGCUGCUGUUGAAGUAACCAAUGGACAACCAAUUGAAAUACAUACAAGACAAAAUUAUUCUACAAGACUACUAACACGAAUAGUCAGUGCAGUUUCUGAAUUUGUUGGUUUACCAGAAGAGGAUCUUUAUUAUGAAUUUGGGAUUACAACAGUUCAGUAUUUAACUGAUAAUGGUUUCAAAAGUAUACUACGAGUGUUAGGUAAAAAUUUUGUUGAUUUUAUGCAUAACAUCAAUGAACUGCACGAAUAUUUGCGUUUUUCAUAUCCAAAACUUAAAGCACCUGGUAUACAGGUUACUGCAAUUAAAAAUAAUGUCAUUGAUUUGGAAUAUUCAAGUGUACGUGAACAAUUUCCACAUUAUCUACGAUCACAGUUGAUAUAUAUCGCUAAAAAUUUUUAUCAGUUGGAUAUUAGUGCAAAGUUAGUUAACCAGCAAAAACGAGGAGGACUUCAUAUUUUUUCUUUUAAAUUGUACAAUAAAGGUUUAUCAUGGAUUGAAUUAAUAGAGAAAGAUAGUCAAUUUGAUCAGAAUCCAUCAUUGUUGGAUGUGACGACAUACGUUUCAGAAAAACAAUUCCUAGGUUUAUUACCGUUUCAUUUACUGCUGACAAGAGAUAUGAAAAUUAGACGUGCUGGUCCAAGUUAUUUAUGCCUGAGAAAGGAUAUACUUGGGCAAGAAUUUACUAAAUGUUUUCAAAUAGCAAAACCUAAGACAAAUCCAACAUUUGAUGAAGUAUAUGCGAACCGAUUCACAACUUUUGAGUUAGUUCUCUUAGAAGAAGCUUCUUCCAAAAGUAGAUCUGCAAAAAAGACUACAGGUCCUCAGGAAAAGUGUCGCUUUAAAGGGGAAAUUUCUUUUGUCGAAGAAUGGGAUAUGCUAAUCUUUAUGGGAUCACCCUUGAUUCGAGACACAAAACAGUUGUAUGAAAAGUCAUUACGUAUAUCUGAUCUGAAUAUGUUUGACCGUAGUCGGGAAAUAAUUUUUGAAGGAGAGCAACAAUCCGAUGAAAUGAUGAAACUGUUUGAGAAGCAACGCCAAAAAAGUAAACAAAUGGAAAAAGCUAUGGCUCAUUUAGAAAAAAUGAGAAAAGUAACUGAUGAUCUGUUAUACCAAUGCAUUCCUCGACCAGUAGCCAGAAAAAUUAGGAAUGGUACCCCAGCAAUGGAAACUAUACAAACAUUUGAUGAAGUAACAAUAUGCUUUACUAAAGUUGUGAAUUUCGCUGCAAAAUGUAUGCAUAUAACUGUUGAACAAGUGAUUGAAUUACUCAAUAAAAUGUAUUCUCUUUAUGAUGCUCUAACAGAAAAUCACAAAGUUUAUAAGGUUGAAACAAUUAGUGACAGUUAUAUGUUAGUUUCUGGAGUACCCAGUCGUACACCAUUACAUGCAGCGCAUAUUAUCGAUACAGCACUAGAUAUCAUACAAGCGACAUUAGCCAGUCUGUAUUGGCCAGUAACAAUUGAAAAUACUCCACCUGGUCCCAAAACUAAAACACAGUAUACAGAUGAGCAUUUACACCUUUAUGUCGGAUGUCAUACUGGGCCAGUUGUUGCUGGUGUAGUCGGUUAUAAAACACCAAGAUAUUGUUUAUUUGGUGAUACAGUGAAUACUUCAAGUCGAAUGAUGAGUCAUGGACUGCCCAACCAAAUACAUAUAAGUGAAUCAUGUGCUCAAUCUCUAUCCCCCUAUCCAUACAUAGUGGAAUGUCGAGGUGAAAUUACAAUAAAGGGUAAAGGUGGAAUGAAAACAUAUAUUGUCACUGGUCGCAAACCAGAAUUCACUGUCGAAAAUGCAACUGAUGGUAGUAAUGGUCGCAGUUUUGCUGAUAUUCUAAAGGAAGAUUUGCUCAGAGAAGAGGAGACUCCUUCGGAAGAUUCAGAAGAUGGAUCGGUUAGAUUAUCAAUUGAUCUUUCCGAUAAAAGUGGAACUACUGAAGGUUCUGAACCAGGAUCCCCAAAAGACGAAAUAGAAGAACUGGAAAUGGAUGAGGAUGUACGCCCAAUAAAAGAAAAACGAAGGCCUAGUCGAGGUGGAAGUAGACGUUCAAGUAAAGAAAAGGUUGAUUCCAGUAAAAAUGAAGAUAAAAGACGCCGAUCUAAACAGCGUUCAAAUCCUGCCUCUCCAAUAGCUGAGAAUGGAAAAACGGACAGUGUUGAUACACCAUUUGUGAAUAAUCAAAAUACAACUGAAAUGUUAAAUCAAGCUGCACGUCGUCUAGUUGAAACAAAAAUAAAUGAUGUCAAGAAUGAACAGAAAAUGAAGCAAGACAUAACAUUUAAUCUAGACAAUCCAAAAGAAAUUAUGAAAGAAUCACCAAGUGAACCUGAUUUACAGGCAGUAAAUAAUCAACCGGAUGAAGCAGCUCAGUUUAAGUCUAAAAAUAAACCGUUUGAACGUAGUAGACUGAUUAAACUAAACCCAGCAAAUAGAACUGCCAAAGUUAACCAAGUUACUGGUAGCAACAAUGAUAAAGCCAAUUUAAGCUCAAGUGCUGAAGAAAUCUUGCCAACAGAUAACAACAGCGAGAACAUAGAGGCUGGUGAGGACAAUGAUGAUCAGAACAAAGAGGAUGCUGUCCAACAAUUUCGUGAUAUGGUCAAGCAAAAUGCUUUUGAUCCUGUACCAGCUAUGUCAUUCUGUUCUCCACAAGGAGCUAUGUUUAAAGAUUUAGCUUCAAAUUUUAUGAGAAGAAUCGAUGAAAACUUUACAGAAUUCUGGGAAGGAAAUAUGCGCAAACUAAAAGAAUUAGGUUGUUAAAUUCAACGCUUUACCUAGUAUAAAUUCUAUUGUAUUCUUGCUCAACCACUAUGUUUGGCGCUAACAGAAUUACUCAUUGUGAAACCGAAAAAUCCAAUUCUGUAUCUUGGGCUUUGGUUAAAAAACUAUUCAAUAGAUAGUUCAAAACUGGAUUGGAUCAUUAGUUCUGAAUAAACAAAUAAAUCAGAAUAAUACAGUUUGACGUACCAUCAGUCAGUAUAAUUGUUGUGUAUUCAUCGUUG